AUGUCGCAGGACCCAAACUGGGUGAACGAUGAGGCUUUGACGAACGUCCUAGAACACGGUUGUCCGCUCGACGUAUACCGUCAAUUGCAGCAAGAAGUCGACGAAGAUCCCGUGUCUUACAAUAGGGUGCUUGAGUUCUUGGGAUGGCAAACCAAUCACCGAAAAGGCUAUGACCCUAUAUUUGAAAGGUUCCGCCAAGGUUCAUAUUCAUGCACCCUUUCGCGGAUUGAAGCUGAGGUUUCUGUGAUAAAGAAACUACUGAACAACUUCGACGACGAAAGCCGCUAG